AAAGGGUGAACGGAAGUGAAACGUGUUUUCCUUGGUCUGCACUGUACGGACCGGAUCGCUGUUUUUUUGCAAAGGAAUGUCGCUAUAACGUUGUUGUGGGGAUGAUGGAUGUCUGACAAGAACCUCACGGAGGGUGAAAAGGAACAAGAUGUCGAUGAAAGAGUACUUGCUGCUCAAGAAACUACUUGUGUGAUGGCAGUACUUGUGUGAUGGAUCAUUGCCCUGCACAAAGAUCAUGGCUGUCCUGAAUGCAGCAGACUCCUCCUUCAUUUUCCACUACUUGAUGAAUGAACCACACUAAAGGUGACACUGUAACGCCGCGAUGACCACUUCUGUUUCCAGCCAUCUGGCAAAAACACCACAAAUUUAAUCGAGCAGCUCAGAGCCUGCGCGCCCGCUGCCCUCAAGCCGCACCGGUUGCACCUUUCAGUUUGCCGUCGCACAAGUUGACUCCAAGUCCACGUUGGCAAGGUGCCGUCAACAUGUUUUCGGCGUUGAAAAAGCUGGUGGGCUCAGAGCCGGGCCAGCUCCGGGACAAGAACAUCCCCGCCGGCCUGCAGUCCAUGAACCAAAGUUUGCAGAGACGUUUCGCUAAGGGGGUGCAAUAUAAUAUGAAAAUCGUCAUCCGGGGAGAUCGAAACACUGGGAAGAGCACUUUAUGGUAUCGACUGCAGGGCAAGAAGUUUGUGGAGGAGUACCUUCCUACCCAGGAGAUCCAAGCCACAAGCAUCCAUUGGAACUACAAAACUACAGAUGACGUGGUCAAGGUGGAGGUGUGGGACGUGGUGGACAAAGGCCAAAAAUAUCCUGUUGAUGAAGGUGUAGGCAAAGGCAAAAAGCGAGGUGACAAUCUGAAACUGGAGAAUGAGCCGCAGGAGUCGGACGAGGUGGCCCUUGAUGCGGAGUUCCUGGACGUGUACAAGAACUGCAACGGAGUGGUCAUGAUGUUUGACAUUACCAAGCAGUGGACAUUUAACUACAUCGUAAGAGAACUUCCCAAAGUACCUACUCACAUACCAGUGUGUGUGUUGGGGAACCACAGAGACAUGGGAGAGCACCGAGUCAUCCUGCCUGACGAUAUCAGAGACCUGAUCGCCGGACUGAACAGGCCAGUGGGCUCAUCGUACAUCCACUAUGCUGAGUCUUCCAUGAGGAACGGCUUUGGCCUGAAAUAUCUGCACAGGUUCUUCAACAUCCCCUUCCUGCAACUCCAGAGAGAAACCCUCCUGAGGCAGCUGGAGACCAACCAGUUGGACAUCGACGCCACCCUGGAAGAGCUGACUGUGCAGCAGGAGACCGAAGAUCAAAACUAUGAGAUCUUCCUGGAGCACCUGGAGUGCCGCAGUAAAGGCUACGGCUCGCCGGGUCCUGCCAACGGUCAAAGUCCCUCCUCGGGCUCCCAGUCCCCCAUCGUCCCUCCCAGCGGGGCGUCCACAGGAAGCUCCAGUCCGAGCACACCUCAGCCCCCGGCGCCCUCACAGCCGCCACCGCAGUCGCCUUCCGUGUCCGCCCCCUCGGCUUCGGCUCUGGCCGCCGCCAUCGGUCGCGCGGCCUCGCCGUCAGCUGAUGUGAAGUCAGCAGCUCAGUCACCGGAGCACAUUCAGUCCGCCGCCGCACCAGCGGCAGCCCCCCAGAAACGUGGCUUCAUGUCCCGCUGGUUUGGCUCGUCUCCUGCCGCCGAGGCUUCUGUUAGUGCAUCGGAGGACCCGCCUGCUCCAGUGUGUCCUGCUGUCGUGCAAAGUGUGGACGACUUUGUGCCAGAAGAGAGACUGGACAAGAAUUUCCUAGAGGACAGUUUGCCCUCAAAGACCAAGACGCCUCAACCAGUCUCAGCCUUGGACAGCGACAGUGACGGUGAAGGCAGAGGGAACCCCAUGGUGUCUGCUUUCCAGGAUGAGCUUGAUCCUGACGACACAGAAUCCAGUCUUCCACAAGCUACAACGUUGCCACAUAGCAAAGACAUCUCUCUGUCCAGUGAGGAUGAGGAGAAGGAGCGAGCACCAGCAGCAACAACUGUGAAAAAGGACCAGGAAUUUGACAGUGAAUCUGAACUCAAAGCCCAAAUCAGACAACCAAAAGGAUCUAAAGCUUCAGAGCCCAGAAAGCCGACUUCAGCGCCCAUCUUCCUCACUCUAACUCCAACAUCAGAGCAGCAGGGCAAGAAGAUGGGAAUCUCACCCAUGGCUGAGGACUCUGACACGGACCCCGAGGUUCCAGUGGCCCAACAGAUGCUGUCUUUUGUAAUGGAUGAUCCUGAUUUUGAGUCGGAAGCAUUCAACACACCCAAAGUCGAAAAGACUACAUUCCCAGUCGGAGAUGGACUUCUAUCUGACCUCUCAGAUGAUGACAUGCAGCCGGUGAAGGUGCCAGAACCUGCAAAGCCCGCAGUGAUCUCCUUCAAACACAAAGAUGAUACGGACCUUUUUGGCCUCGGCAUUCAAGAAGAGCCCUCAGCGACCAAAGAGAGCAGCGAUGAGCAAGAAGAUAAAGAAAGCAAGCAUGUGUCCAAAGACAAGAAGAAGAAGAAGAAAAAGAGCAAAGAGGAGGACGAGAAGAUCAAGAAACACAAACACAAGAAGAAGGAAAAGGAGGACGCUGGAGAAGGCAAGGAGAAGAAGAAGAAGAAAGCGAUCAGGACCAAGAAAACCGACGUGGACGAGCUGGAAGACUUUCUGGGUGGAGGAUCCAAAUCGUCCACAAGAGAUGACGGGGAUUAUGAAGAGCUCUAAAGUGAGGGACGGAUGGCAUCUCCAAGGCCCACAUAAUGCUGUGCUCUUUGCUCUCACCUGUAAGGUAACUUCCAUUCCUCUGCUACCAAAUAACCAGUUCAACAUGGCGCAGCUUUCACCACAGACGGACGCUCCAUGUGGCCGCCUUGACGGGCCUGCACACGGACUGUGGGGGGGGGUCCACCUUUUCAGACCUAUGGCAGAUCCUGCUUUCCGUAUACGGUGGGUUCUGGACCCACCAGCCAGUUGUGGAAGUGGAAGUCGCCCAUGAAAAAGUCCACUCGCUACACCAAUCUCCUUGUAAACACUCCUUUUGACACCUGUUAUGUGGUGCGUUUGAGGACCGCCAAACAAAGUGGGACAUCUCGAUGCUAAGAGAAAUAAUAUCAGUGAAGCAUGAAAACAUGUUGAACUUGUAUGAAGUGUUUUUAAGUUAUUACUACUGACGGGUAUAUGACGCCUCAGUGAGUGUGUGGCACAUUCACUACCUGCAUUGACACCGCACUGAUACUGUCUUUGCUGUUUCAUAAAGGUGCCCGAUUAAAAGUCACUCUGGACCUGCAAAGGACAUGAAUAAAAGGGACCAAUUGGGAAAUCUGGGCUCAUUUUGAUUUUAUAGCACCAAAUAAGGUAAAUGAUCUUGUUUUCCAUUUUUCGUUUUCUGGCUUUCAUUUUCUUUUCUGUAUGGCUAUUUGUUUUAAAAGAACUAAAUAAUUACAUUUGCUACCUAGUAAUGUUUUUAAUCCAUCAGUGCAGUUUCAAUACAGCCAGUGAGUGUGCCACAUACUCACUGAGGCGUCAUUUAGCCAUCACCGUAUAUUGACACACAUUGGAUUGCUUUUAGCUUGUCUUUACUGUACAAACAACGUGUUCAAGUGCAUUUUUAUGUCGGCCACCCUCGUCGCUAACACUUUUUAUAACCCCGCUUUAGGAGAUCCACGCUGUAACUAAGAUUAGCAUUUAUUUCUUACUUUAUUUUUAGGGGGUUAGCAUAACGAACUGUAACGUGCUAUCACUCAUCGACAGUUACAUUUGUGUGUGUGUGUGUGUGUGUGUGUGUGUGUGCGCGCGCGUGCGCGUGUACUCGUAUGCACGUGCGCACUUUAACCCACGUUAUUGGAUGCGAUCGCUCCUCCGCAUGCGUUACAGAAGACGGAUGAUAAAUUGUAAAUGUAGAGACUAUGGAGGUCCGUUUGUGUUUUUUAUUAUAUGACAGCUUUUUUUUUUUUUACACUGAAUUUACCUGAAUUACUUGCGGUUGAAUUUUGUGAACUGAAUUUGUUUUACCUAUAAUUAUGCUGACAAUUUCAUCGAAUAUGCGAGUAAAAUGGGUGUUUAAAAAUUCAGUUUGUUAAAAUUGUGUUUUAAAAUACAAUGUCAAAAUUCAAUGUAAAAAAAUUCAGUGUAUAAACAUUUUGUAUAAAAAAAAUGUUUUUGGUAAAAACCAUUCAGUGUAAAAAAAAAUCAUUUGUAAAAACCAUUCAGUGCAAAAAUGAUUUAGUGCAUGAAAAUUCAGUGCAAAAAAAAUCAGUUUUUAAGUUUUUUGCUAAAAUAUGUAUUUUAAAAACGAUUCAGUUCACAAAAAUUCAGUGCAAAAAAUAUUUCAUGCCUAAAAAUUCAGUGUAUAAAAAUCCAUUGCAAAUAAAAUCAAUGUUUAAAAAUAGUCCAUAAACAAUCAGUGUAUGGAAAUUCAGUGUAUAAAAGAAAUCAGUGCAUAAAAGAUUUAGUGUGAAAACAUUCAGUGUAUAAAAAUUCAGUGCAAAAAAAUCAGUGUAUAAAAAAAUCAGUGGAAAAAAUAUUUAAUGCCUAAAAAUUCAAUGCAAAAAAAUUCAAUGUAUAAAAAUACAGUCCAUAAAAAUGCAGUGUUUAGAAAUUCAGUGUAUAAAACAUUGUGUAUAAAAAAAAAUCAGUGCAUAAAAGAUUUAGUGAGAAAACAUUGAGUGUAUAAAAAUUCAGGGCAAAAAAAUCAGUGUAUACAUUUUUUUAGCAAAAAUAUUUAUUUUAAAAACAAUUCAGUUCGUAAAAA